CAGAAACUUCCAGGAGUUGAAGGGUAAGAUGGAUGCCCUACAGCCUCUGAUCCCUGUGUUGGAGCAGUACAAGACUGAUGCCCAGCUCAUCGUCCAGUUUAAACAGGAGAUCAGGAACCUGUCCAUGGUGCUCACAGCCAUCCAGGAGGAGAUAGGAGUCUACGACUCUGAGGAACUACAACAGAGGGUCUUGAAUCUGGAGAGCAGGCUACGCAACUGCAUGGGCAAACUCACAUGUGGUAAACUGAUGAAGAUCACUGGACCUGUGACGGUGAAGAACUCUGGUUCACGGUUUGGAGCUUGGAUGACUGAUCCACAGGCCUCCCCUAGAAACAACCGGGUCUGGUACAUGGAUAACUACACCAACAACAAGAUCGUCAAAGAGUACAAGUCCAUAGCAGACUUUGUUUCCGGGGCCGAGUCUCGAACCUACAACCUGCCGUUCAAGUGGGCCGGGACCGACCACGUGGUGUACAAUGGUUCUCUGUACUACAACAAGGCCCAGAGCAACAUCGUGGUGUGUUACCGCUUCGAGACGGGCCGCGUUGUGACCCAGAGAGCCCUGGAGAAGGCCGGCUUCCACAACGUCUACCCUUACACCUGGGGAGGCUUCUCCGACAUAGACCUCAUGGCCGACGAGCUGGGCCUGUGGGCCGUCUACGCCACCAAUCAGAACGCAGGAAACAUCGUCAUCAGCCAGCUCAACCCGGAGACACUACAAAUCCUCGGAACCUGGAACACGGAAUAUUCCAAACGGAACGCGGGGGAGUCCUUUAUGAUCUGCGGAACACUCUACAUCACUAACUCUCACCUGACUGGCGCUAAGGUCUACUACUCGUACUCCACCAAGACCUCCAGCUAUGAGUACACAGACAUCCCCUUCCAUAACCAGUACUUCCACAUGUCCAUGUUGGACUACAACGCCAGGGACCGGGCUCUGUACGGCUGGAACAAUGGACACCAGGUUCUGUUCAACGUCACGUUGUUCCAUAUCAUCAAGACAGAGGACGAUUCCUGAGGAGGAAGAACCUCAGAGGAACCCACUGGAACACUGACUAACAUUCCUGGUGUUCCGGUGUUCCGUCAGUCAUUGUGGAAGUUCUAUCUAAUUGGUAUUUUUUGCUCUCUUCUUUUGACAAUCCAUCUUCGGAUCUAUUGGCUUCCCUUUCAAAUUCCUAAUGCAAGAAUUACUAAAGAUGUUGGCCUCCGAACUCUGAACUGUCUCCCAAUGUCAUGACAGAGUCAUGAUAUUCUCUGGUAGUCCUACCUAGCAACCCCAAUGUUAAAUAAUCUGGCCCUCUAUUGAUGACAUCAUGCCCUGACAGUCUUCCUCUUGGGUUUUUUAAAAUUCAUUUUCCUCUCUUUUCCUCACAAGCCUUUAUUUUCACUGUAUCCCUUUCCUUUCAGCUACUCUACACUGGACUUUAUGAGAGAUUUUCUGGGCUUGGAUACCAUUUCUCUGAUUGGCUGGGCUUGGGUAACAUGCCUCUGAUUGGCUGGGCUUGGGUAACAUGCCUCUGAUUGGCUGGG